AUGCCCGCAACAAUGCACGCCGUCCCCUCGGCCGCCGUCCACAAGGCCAUCAAGCAGCUGAUCCACAACCUCGUUCACAUCACCGACACCACGGGCGAGUUCCUGCUCAAGCUCGACGACGGCCGCGUCAUCGACACCAAGGGCUGGAACGACUGGGAGUGGACGCACGGCGUCGGCCUCUACGGCAUCUGGCAGUACUACGAGCUCACCGAGGACCCCGAGUGCCUCAAGAUCAUCGAGGACUGGUUCCGUGACCGCUUUGCCGCCGGCGGAACAACGAAAAAUAUCAACACUAUGGCGGUCUUCUUGACGCUGGCCUGCGUGUAUGAGAAGACGGGCAAUGGGACGUAUUUGCCGUGGCUGGAUGCGUGGGCCGAGUGGGCGAUGUAUGAUCUGGAGCGGACGGACUAUGGCGGGAUGCAGCAUGUCACAUACCUCACGCCCAACACCCAGCAGCUGUGGGAUGAUACGUUGAUGAUGACGGUUCUCCCUCUGGCAAAGAUCGGAAAGGUGCUCAACCGCCCGCACUACAUCGAGGAGGCCAAGCGCCAGUUCCUCAUCCACAUCAAGUACCUCUUCGACACCAAGACCGGCCUCUUCUUCCACGGCUGGACCUUUGAGGACGGCGGCCACAACUUUGCAAAGGCCCUCUGGGGCCGCGGCAACAGCUGGCUCACCAUCGUGAUUCCCGAGUUCCUCGAGCUCCUCGACCUCCCCUCCACCGACUUCUUCCGCACACACCUCAUCGACACACUCCACUCGCAAUGCCACGGCCUCCGCAAAACACAAGACGCCUCCGGCCUCUGGCGCACCAUCCUCGACGACCCUGCGCCAGACUCCUACCUCGAGGCGUCCGCCUCCGCCGGCUUCGCCUUCGGCAUCCUCAAGGCCGCACGGAAGCGCUACAUCGGCCGCGAGUUCGAGGACGUGGCCGUCAAGGCCGUCAAGGCGGUCAUGGCCAACAUCGACGAGAAGGGCGAGCUGCAACAGGUGUCGUUCGGCACGCCGAUCGGGGAGACGUGCCAGUUCUAUAAGGAGAUCCCGCUGACGAGUAUGCCGUAUGGGCAGGCGAUGGCGAUGAUGGCGCUGGUGGAGUUUUUGAGGCAGUAUUUGUAG